AUGUCUAAGCGACAAUGGCAGGGCGAGCAGGGUCAGGCCAACUGCCAUCACCGCAGCGGUAACAAGCACAAGAACCUCUACCUGGUUCUAGAUGACUGGCAUAGGGGAUUCACCAUCCGCAAGCUUAACGCCGACAACCCAGAUCUAAGCACCCCUCCUGUUGUCCGGCUAGUGUCACCUCAGUAUAACCACGCCAUGGGCUUUGCAGUACUGGGCAACAACAUCAUAGCUACUAGCAACCAAUAUGCUGCAACUAUGGUCUUCGACACCGAAACCGCCGCUCUGACCAUGGGAUGUCCCCUCCCUGAUUCACUUUACAACACCGUCAACUACUUUCUCUCCACCGAAGAGGCACUGUUUGCGUUCAGCUACGAUUUCAUGUUGCAUCCGCACUCCUUUGAACUCAUGACCACCAACACCAAGGAUGACAUGAACCCUCUGUGCCCAAGCACCGACUGGUCCUGGAAAAGCGUGCCGGCGCCCUUCACCAAGGAUGAAAGGAUCCAAUCCUACGCCCUUCACCCGGACGGACACACCGUGCUUGUCUCCGUGUACAUCGGCCGUGCCCGCGGUGGUGGCACAUUCUCCUUCGACACCAAGAGCCGUGAGUGGAGGCGCCUUGGGGAUUGGAUGUUGCCUUUCAAUCUUGAAGCCUACUUCGACGUCGAGCUAGAUGCAUGGGUUGGGAUACACCGAGAUGGCUACAUCUGCUCCUGCCAAGUUCCCUCCCUCGGCGAUAGCAACAGCACAGUGCAACAGCCCGACUGGAAGAUGGCCAAGGAGCACCAGAUGUGGAGCCCGCCGCAUCAGUUGGCUAAAGGGCGAGGAGCUACUCUCACCUACAUGGGCAACUCCAGGUUUCUCCUUGUUGAUUGCGUGGCGGCCGAUGGCUUAGAGUUCCAGGAUGCUUUUGGUGACACUUGUGGUUGCGUGCUCAGCAUGACCACGUUUCUUCUAAGGUACGAUCGUGAGGGAAAUCUACGGAUCAAAGAAAGAAACACUACUUCGUGUCAUGUGUCUAAGCAACUCUCGUCGUUCUCGCCCGUGGCGUUCUGGAUGUAG